UAGGAAACAAAAAAAGUAGCGAUGAACAAAUGAAUGUUUAGAAGAACACAAAAGAUAAAGUGAAAAUAAAUCGCUUACCAGUUAUGGAAUACAUUAUUAAAAAAAGUUUUUUUUUCAAUUUAAUUUUAAACUUCUUUUUUUUUAUCAUUUUUAUUUCUUAUCGUGAAUGCAAAUUUUCAUCCUUGAUUAAAUCAAAUGAUGUUAAAGGAAAUGUCACUUUUAUAUCUAUGAGUAGAACCGCAGAAACUCGUCUAGUGUCCAAUGUUAUACUCCUUAACAUGAGUGCUUCACAUCAAUCGCAAUGUAUAAACAAAUGCUCUAAAACUGCAAACUGUACUUCAUAUAAUAUUUUUAAAGAUAGUCAAAAUGUGUUUCAAUGUCAAUUGUUAUCAGAAAACAAAUAUUUCAAUUCAAAUCAGCUCGAAAAAAUAGUUGGAUGGGCUCACGUAAGUUUACAGAGUAUUCCGUGUGAUAGAUCACCUUGCAAAAACAAUGGUACCUGCCAACCUGACUAUAGUCAAAACACCUUUUUUUGCAUUUGUUUGACAAAAUAUAUUGGAGAAUUUUGUGAAACAGAGCUGAACAAAAUAAUCUCAUUGCCAAUAAAAAAUAUGGGAUGUUGGAAAGACGAUUUAAAUAAAGCCAUGGUAACGCUUGAAGGAUCAUCAACAGUGUUAGAUGGUUCUUACCAAACUCGUAAAGAUGCUAUAAAAAUGUGUUAUCUGGCAGCAAGAGAAAAAGGAUUGGCAGGAUUUGCUCUUCAAGAUGGAGGCUUUUGUUCUGCUAGCAAUGAUAAUUCGCAUACAAAAUAUGGUUUAUCAAAUGCAUGUAAAGAUGAUGGAAAAGGAGGUGUAAUGUCUAAUCAAGUAUAUUUGAUUAAUGAAAAGCUGUUGUAUAAGUAUGUAGGCUGUUGGAUUGAUAAUGAUGUUAGAGCCUUAAUAGUUUUAGAUGGUUCAGCGCCAGAUCUUAACGAUGAAUAUAAAUAUCGUAUUGAUGCUAUAACAAAAUGUUACAAUCAAGCAACUAAACUCAGUUAUGAUGUUUUUUCUCUUCAAGACGGUGGGCAAUGCUUCGCUGGAUACGGCGUUUCUUACCAAAAGUAUGGAAUGGCAUAUAACUGUAAUCCAAAUGGUAAGGGUGGUAAGGGAUCUAACGCCGUUUAUACUAUUAUUUAUUAAUAACAUUUUAAACGAUAAAUUUGUAAGCCUUAAAUACCUAUUUUGUAAACAACACAUCCGUAAAGUAUAA